AUGGAGAAGAUCUUCGGUAACAAGGUUAUCCGCACUCCAAAGAAAACGCCACCUGAGCCCGGGUCUAGGGAUAGCUUCACGGAUGAGCCGCCAAAGCCAGUGGGACCAUCCUUUGCGCAUUCUCUCUACGAGAGAUCUCUUGCCGCCGACUGGGUUCCAACACGACAAUAUGCUGAAGAGUCAUCACAAGAGAGUUUUGAUUCAACUCUCGACUAUGAUCCAGCCGAGGAAUGGUACGUUGAUUCACAAGAGGAACCGUCGGACACCGAUUCAUCUACAUGCGUUUCUUCUUCAUCAUCGCCGGAUACAUCCGCUGUUGAGGAGCUCAAUUCUUCUGCCGAUCAUGAGGAAACAGAGGCAACGACUUCCGAGCAGACUGAGAAUCAAUUGCUCCAGUGA